AUGACAACAUUUGACUUCUCGGAUAUAGAGGCGUUUUUGGACUGCCACCCAGAUCUCUUCGAGGAGUAUCUCGUUCGAAAGGCAAAAUGUGAUCAAGUUAGCAGAUGGUUGAAGGAGCAUCAACCGUCGAAACAAGUGUCCACAGCCGAGGAGAAGCGCGGCGCUGCCAGGGACCCGCUCUGGCCGACCAACUCAGACGGGCUCAGGCGCAGAUCGUCCCACAUGGAGCUGCGAAGGAACUUCGCCCGCUCCAAAGCCACCACCGCACACCGAACCUACGACGAGCAUGUGAGCCUGAGCGAACACGAGUCCCAGUCCAGCAUGAGGCGCCGUGCGCUCCUGCGUAAAGCCAGCUCCCUGCCUCCGACCACCGCGCACAUCCUGAGCGCCCUGCUGGAGUCCAGGGUCAACGUGCCCCAGUACGCGUCCAGCGCCAUCGACUACAAAUACAGACUUAAGGAAACCAACGAGAGGGAGUUUUUCUUGGAGUUAGUAAAGGAUAUCUCCAAUGAUUUGGACCUGACAAACCUCAGUUAUAAGAUCCUGAUCAAUGUGUGUAUCCUGGUGGAUGCAGACAGGUGUUCGCUUUUUCUUGUGGAGGGACCCGCACACAAGAGGACACUGGUGUCCAAAUUCUUUGAUGUGCACUCUGGCACCACUGUCAGACCAUCAUCCAGCACCCUGAACUCCAAUGAAGUGCAGGUGCCAUGGGGAAAGGGAAUCAUAGGAUAUGUGGCAGAGCAUGGGGAAACUGUAAACAUCCCAAACGCAUAUGAGGACCACCGCUUCAGUGAUGAGAUAGACAAGUUAACAGGCUACAAGACUCAGUCCAUCCUCUGUAUGGCCAUCUGUAACAGUGAUGGAGAAGUCAUAGGUGUUGUACAAGCAAUCAACAAAAAUCCCAUGGGCACCCCCUUUACCGAGGAUGAUGAGAAGGUACUGCAGAUGUAUCUACCGUUCUGUGGAAUAUCGAUUUCCAAUGCCAAGUUGUUUUCUGAGUCUCGCAAAGAGUAUGAAAGGAGUAGGGCUCUGCUGGAGGUGGUCAACGACCUGUUUGAGGAGCAGACCGACCUGGAGAAGAUUGUUAGGAAGAUCAUGCAGCGAGCGCUGACGCUGCUGCAGUGUGAACGCUGCUCUGUGCUUCUACUUGAAGACAUCGACUCACCUGUGGUGAAGUUCUCCAAGACGUUUGAGCUCAUGUCUCCGCUGUGCAACGUCGACCAUGACAUCAGCAUGGAGAAGCUAUCGUGUUCCGAUUGGCUAAUCAAUAACAGCAUUGCUGAGCUGGUGGCUUCCACAGGACUGCCUGUUAACAUCAGUGAUGUGUGUCAGGACCCACGCUUUGAUGCGGAGGCAGACCAGGCCUCUGGGUUCCACAUUAGAUCAGUGUUAUGCGUCCCUAUCUGGAAUCGAACUCACCAGAUAAUUGGGGUUGCACAAAUUCUGAACCGCCUAGACAGGAAGACGUUCAAUGAUGCAGAUCAGAGACUGUUUGAGGCAUUUGUGAUAUUCUGUGGACUUGGAAUCAACAACACUAUGAUGUACAAUCAAGUUAAGAAGACGUGGGCAAAGCAGUCUGUAGCACUGGAUAUGUUGUCCUACCAUGCUACCUGCUCCAAGGUAGAAGUUGACAGACUCAAGGCAGCUAAGAUCCCCCUGAGCAAUGAGUUAGGCAUCGAUGAGUUUCACUUCAACGACUUUUCUUUGGACAAUGACGCCAUGAUCACCGCGUCACUCCGGAUGUUUCUGGAUCUUGGUGUUGUCCAAAAGUUUAAAAUUGACUAUGAGGUUUUGUGCCGCUGGCUUUUGACUGUGAGGAAGAACUAUCGAACUGUGGCGUAUCACAACUGGAGACAUGCCUUCAAUGUGUCGCAGUGCAUGUUCGUUAUGAUCACAACAGCCAAUUUCCAGGAUGUCCUGUCAGAGGCUGAGAUACUGGCACUAAUGGUCGGCUGCCUGUGUCAUGACUUGGACCACCGAGGCACCAACAACGCAUUUCAAGCUAAGACCGGCUCUGCUCUGGCUCUGCUCUACGGGACGUCAGCCACCUUGGAGCAUCAUCACUUCAACCAUGCAGUCAUGAUCCUACAAAGUGAGGGUCACAAUAUCUUUGCAAACCUCUGCUCUAAAGAGUAUAGCAACAUGAUGCAACUAUUGAAGCAGGCUAUUCUCUCCACAGACCUUACUUUGCACUUUGAGCGCAGAACCAAGUUCUUUGAGUGUGUUCUGUCUGGAGAAUUCAGCUGGACAGAUGAAGGACACAGAGAAGUUCUCAGGUCGAUGCUGAUGACAGGAUGCGAUCUGGGUGCGGUCACUCGUCCUUGGAAGAUAUCCAAACAGGUUGCAGAGCUGGUGACGAGUGAAUUCUUUGAACAAGGUGACAGAGAGAGGUCUGAGCUUAAGUUGACCCCAGCGGCCAUAUUUGACCGCAAUCGCAAAGAUGAACUACCUGCCUUACAGCUGGAGUGGAUAGAUGGGAUAUGUAAACCCCUUUACCAGGCAAUGCUGAAGCUCAACAGGAAGUUGCAGCCGAUGGUCGAUGGGAUAGAUGCCAAUCGAAAUAAAUGGCAGAAGCUCUGCUCAUCCUAUCAGGAGACACGCAGAUUCUCAGUGUCCAAUCAGAGUGCUGAAUCAGAUCAGAGCCCUGAGCCCCAUGAAGAUGCAGAAACAAAUCAACAGCUAGAGACUCUGAAGCCAGUUGAAAACGCCACUUUUGAGUUAAAGUCGAAGUGCAGUCAGGAUCUGAGGUGCAGAGUAAACAAAGGUUCCUGUGAUGAUUAACCAGCAUCAGCUGGCAACAUGACAUCUGCAGGAAAAAGUAAAGAAAGCUAUACAUGUAUAGGUUUAUCCAUUAAAUGGCUCACAUGGGACUCUUCCCAUGCCCUGUGACUUUCUAACACAUGCACUUCCCCAAAAAGGAUUUCUUUUUAAAUCUCCCAAGUGUCACUGUGUUAAACUCAGGAGCGUGAAGAAUACCAGUAUAACUAAAUUUCAAAGGGCAGUUUCCACUUUGUAUCUAUCUAUCUAUCUAUCUAUCUAUCUAUCUAUCUAUCUAUCUAUCUAUCUAUCUAUCUAUCUAUCUAUCUGAAAGCUUUUCAUUACUAAGGUGUACAUUAUACGAAUGAGAGAAUAGUGUUGAAACCAAAGAGGGCCACUUAUUACUGUAAUGUGUUCUAAUGGGAACUGCCUCAAAACCACAAGCCCAUUGGAACGCCUUUACAAAUCAAAACAGGAAUCACUGGAAGCACUGUGAUUUCUCUCACAUAAAAACGCAAAUUGCCAUUAUGAAUGUAGACCGGAGCAUGAUCUUGUUCCUGAAUGUUUCUUACUGUCUUACCUCAGUUGCAAAUCUUUGACUGCAUGGCAUUAUUUUUAAUGUUUGUAGGUUUACCAAGCCUUCUGCCGUCAGCUUCUGUGAAUUGCAUGUGUAUCAUGAAAACCUUGUAUCUCUAGGUAAAGAAUUAGGCAGAUAAGUGUGAAAGACCAAAUGUUAGUGUAUUGAUUUUGUAAGGAAGGUCACUGAUAACAUCCUAACUCCUCAGGCCAACCCACCCUUGCCAAUAUACUGUAGUCCAGAGAAUACUACAGAUCCAAGACCUGCGGGACUGUCUGCUACUUCAGCACCAUGGACAGCGCCAUGGACCUAUCAAUACACAGCACAGUUAGGCUACUGAUAUUUCAGAGCCAUUGUUGGGCCAUAGAUUCUAACUUGCACACACCUUAUUCAGAUAAAGGAUCAAUGAAAAUAACAUAUUCAACUAAACAACCCCUCUAUCCCUGCACUUUCUACUACUAGGGGCUGAAGAGGGAGGUGGAAUGUUAACUAGGGGCAUGCAUUUUGGUCAUUUUUCUAAGAAGGGGCAUCUCAUCCCCGUUCAAAUCGCCUAAUGCCUGUAUGUCCAUAAUGCCUGAUCUACAUUCUGUUUACAAGAGCCCACAUAUAACUGUAACUGUUACUGAUAGGCGAAUGAGUACAAUGUGUUACAGUAAACCCCAGGAUGCUAGUGAUGACUCCACACUGCAUUAGCUGAGCCAAGUUUGGCUAGUUUUAUUGUUCUACAGUAUAUAUCUAUAAGCUGCAAACAACAGCAUGAAAAACAUCUGUGAGUUUGUCUCACUCUGGGUAAGAAGGAAAGAUUUCUCCAAAAACUGAACAAUGCCUUUAGAAGACUUCAGUAUUGUACAGUACAUAUAAAGUACAAAUUUUAAGGUUCUUAUAAAGCAGAAUGUGUAUGUAUUCAUUUGUUUCCAUUGUUUGAGAUUCAUCACAGUGUUUUGUAGUUCUGGGCAGCAUGCCGAUUAGGUUGAAACUGCAUGUAUCAUGUUUGAUGUUAAAACUGGACAUUAUCUUGAUGCCUUUGACUGCCCUAUGAGAUUUGCUUUGCAUGAAAUUACUGUAAAGGAAAUACUAAGUGUUGAUAUGUAAGCGUAUUUUUGCUGCACUAAUUGUUGUUGAGAACAGAUAAAGAUUUCUAUUUUCGAUCACAAACUCUACCAAAAUGAUAUUCAUUAUUUCUCAUACAUCUAGAUUUAUGCAAGAUGUAGAAUUGACAUUUUCUCCUGGUAUUUAUAA